GAGGCUGAGUCUUUGCCACCCGUUUCUGACCUGGAGCGGCCACGUUCUCCAGAUUAGCUCCCCAAACCCAAAACUGGAAGUCUGAGUUUCAAGGCAAAAGCUGGGGUUGUGUCCUGACUCCGGGAGCUGGAGAUUUACAACAAGCCCCCUGGGAGCGAGAGGUUUGCGAGAAUAUUGCUGGCGAUGAUUUUUUCCAUCUUUGCUUUCGCCACCUGUGGAGGGUACAGUGGCCAGACCUCCAUUAAAGUCAGCUGUCAGGACACUAAAAAUGAGACCCUUGAGGCUGCUUUUGGCUAUCCGUUCCGGCUGAACACUGUGGUGUUCAAAGAACUGGAUUCAAAGAAAUGUAACAACACAUGGACCCCAACCCACCUCGUGGGCGACUUCUCAUCCUCGGCCCAGUUCUUCGUCACCUUCGCUGUCUUUGUCUUCCUCUACUGCAUGGCGGCGCUGGUGCUGUACGUGGGAUAUCUGCACCUUUACCGUGGCACUGGCAAGCUACCCAUGAUUGACUUUGUGAUCACUAUGGUGGUCACACUUCUCUGGCUGAUCAGCACUUCGGCUUGGGCCAAAGCCCUGACUGACAUCAAAAUAUCCACUGGGUCUGAGAUUAUGUCGGACAUACUCUUCUGCCAUAUGCCCCCAAAUUCCUGCCUAUUCGGUGCAGUGAGCAGCAUGGGCUCCCUCAACGUGUCUGUGGUUAUCGGCUUCCUGAACCUCAUUCUGUGGGCAGGCAAUGCUUGGUUCGUGUAUAAGGAAACCCACUUGCACAGUCCCCCAGACGCUCUGGCCCCAGGCGGCACUCCGGCUCCUGCGGGAAUGUAAAUGACCCCGCUGGGACACACCAGCGCCACGCACGACCCCUCGGCCUCAACCUGGCAUCGGCGCGGCUCAUCUGUCCUAAUUGUAGUCACCAUUUCAACCGGCAGGGGACGGGUGGGAAUUGCAGAUACAGCUCAGCUUUCAAUCGCGAGCAGGUGCCUUUAUGUUUUGAAGGCAGCGGUGCUUUGGCAGGGCGUGGCGGUGGUGGGUUGGUUUUGUUUUUGUGUUUGGGUUUUUUUUGCUUUAUUCUACUGAAAUAUUACCCUGGGUGUUGGCAAGGGAGAGGGGCAGCUUCUUUGCGAGAACUGCGGCCCGGCAAACUAUCUGUAGUGUUGAGGGCAGUGGUUCUCCAACUUUUAUAUUGGUGACCCCUUUCACCGGUGAGUGCGACCCCCCUCCCUCGCCCCCAAUAAAUUCAAAACACUUUUGUAUAUAGUUAACACCAGUAUAAAUGCUGGAGGCAAAGCGGGGUUUGGGGUGGAGGCUCACAGCUUGCAACCCCCCACGUAAUAACCCCGUGACCCCCAGAGGAGCCGUGACCCCCAGUUUGAGAACCCCUGGUCCGGGGUCCCAGCCCUCGCCUGGCAUGACCCAGCAGUGCUCUGCUGAACCGAAUAGCGCCAUUGGCAGCAGAUUGGCAUGGAGCUAUUGAUGGCAGAUAGGGCUGGUGUGUGCGGGCUGGUGCAGCACGUGACUGACAGCAGAGAGAGCCGACGGGCACAGAAAGCAAUCUGGCCAGCUGUAAUUAGUAGAUCUGUGUUAAUUGGUACAGAUCUGGAGCGCGUGCGUGUCAGUAUCCCCAUGUUCAUUGCAGCAGAUUGCUGCUGAUUUCUCUCAGCUGAGUGGCUGGCCCUGCAUUUCAAUAAGUGCCUUUUGUCUUUCACGUCCCUCUGAUGGGGAAGGGUUUGUAUCUGGGGCACAUGGCGGGUGGGGGCGGGGGGGGAGCUGCAUUUGAAAUGCACUAUUCUCACUUUGUACAUGACACACACAACUUGUCUUGGUUUGAAAACCCGCGUUAGCACCAGACUUCCUCUGUCAUCGACCUGAACCGAUUCUUCGUUGCAAAGACGAGCUUCGGCAUCUCAGCGUUCGCUCCCCCAGGGCAGAGCCAGUCGGGAGUUUUUUCGACAAACCGUUUUUUCCCUCACUGCAAAAUGCAGACUAAUUGAAACGGAAACUUUUUGGAGUUAGGAGAUUUGUCCAAACCAAGCCAGAGAUGCUGCACUCUGGGUUUGGAGGAAUCUCCUGAGGUGGAAAAUGUAUCGGAGGGCAGAAAGUUUAGAAAGUGUCCACACCUUCAGCAUGAAAAGGUUGGAGGGGUGGGGUUGAGUCUACAUUUUUGUUUGAAAUUUUAGUAGGAGUGGGCUUCAAAAGAACUGACCUCAAAACACCACUUUUUAAAAUCAUGGAAAUGAAAUGUUUUGACCCCAACUGAAAUUUUUUCUGGAUUUUUUUCAACUUGCCAAAAUUGUCGAGAUCUGGGUUUUUCAUUCCAAAUCAGGACAGGAAAAUACCUUAAUCUCAAAAAUUCCCUCCUCUAUGAAUCUAAACAGAGCUUUGGAGAGCACUACUGUUCAGUCACUCUUGUAUAUUUCCCCUCCCACUAUUAGCUUCUAGGUGUCCCAUCCAGUGCUGGCUUUUAGCAGAUGCUUUCCCUGGAGUUUGAACGUCACACCUGGCUGAUUUGAAAGGGCCAAGCAUGUGUCUGCUUGCAUUUAUCUCCUUUGCAUUUCUCUCUGGUUUAUGCUGCGUGGCUGCUUCCAAGAUGUACACCCUGUAGAGCACAAGCUUCUCUGCAUUUUUCUCAGCAGGAGACAAGAAAUCCACCUCUGAAGUUAUUUGCGUUUGAGUCUGAUUGGUAGACAAUGAAAAACUACAGAAGGAAGCUAAAUUUGGCAGAUCCUCAAGGGGUGUAGAUUAAAAUAACUCCACAGUGAGUGCCAGUUUAGACCUGUGGGAAUCUCACUUUGCUACCCUUUGCCAUUAGCGUGGUGUCACAUGUUUGCAGAAAUUUGUGGGCAGAGUUAAGGGGGCUCUAGUUCGACCCCCAUAUCUGGGCUGGCCAUUCUCCAGCCUCCGCUGUGCAGGAGGUCAGGCUGGAUGACCAGCUGAAUUAAGAGGCGAUUGGAAAAUUUUCUGCUAAAUGGUUUUCAGUUGGAAAAUGUGGUUUGCCUGAAACAGAUUUUUUUUUUUUUUUUUUUUUUUUUUUAAAUUGAAGCGAUUUGGGGCACAAUGUUUAGAUUAAAAAAACCACUGAGGGCAGUUUUGCAAACGUCAAAAUCUCCUGUUUGGUCGCGUUUUUCAUUAUUCGUUUUGAAAAUUUUUCACUAUUUGUUUUGAAGCAACACAUUCUUUUGAAAUACGUGUGUGAGAUUGGAAAAAACCCCCCGGGUCAGAAUCGUUUGGAGUGAGCUCAGAUGAGUUUUGCGUCCAGAAAUUCAUUGCAUGGAGAAUUUGGAAAUCUGGGCUUUUGGAUGGGAGGGAGGGAACUGAAUGUUUGAAAAUUUUCGCAGGAGGGAAAAAUCUCCACCAACCAGCUCUUAUGUCUGUGAAAUACUGGAUCACAGACAUAAGAAAUACUGUAUUUCACUUUGCCUGCGGCAAAACAGCCAAGCCGUGGGAUGGCUUGGUUGUGAUGCAGAUGCGUGUGGGACUCUCUUGCCCUGUUCUCGUCGCUGGUUUCGAAGCUCGGCUUUAAGGUCAUGACAGUUGGACCUGGCUUUUAAUUUUGUUAUUUACCCUUUUUCUUAUGAAUCGUUCAAGAAAUAUGUCUCUCCUGUAUGCCACCGACUUGAUAAUUAAAACCAGUUAUCUCAA